AUGUGUUCAGGGGACACCGUUGAAUACCGGUAUCGUUAUCGGUGGUUGUAUAUCCGUACCAUGGAUGGAACGCGUAAGAAGUUAUGUGUAGACGACAGUAAAUCUGUAGCCGAACUGAUGCUUAUGAUCUGCACAAAAAUGGGGAUCUACAAUCACGAUGAGUAUUCAUUAGUUCGAGAGCAUGAUGAACACGAACGGGAUCGAUCAUUGACUCUACGUCGCACCGGAACCGGUAUGGUCACUAUCGGUCGGGAUCAGGAGAAAAUGGAAAAACUGAAGCGAAAAUUGCACACGGACGAUGACAUGGACUGGUUAAAUCCGUCUCAAAGUUUACGGCAACAGGGUAUUGAUGAGAAAGAAGUACUUUUGCUCAAACGGCGCUAUUUCUUUUCCGAUAUGAAUGUGGAUGCCAGAGAUCCGGUCCAAUUGAAUUUACUCUAUGUUCAAUUGAAAGACGCUAUCCUGAAAGGCACUCACCCGGUAUCAUUGGAGGAAGCAAUUCAUUUGGCUGCAAUUCAGUGCCAAGUCCAAUUUGGUGACUAUGUCCCCGAGAAGUUCAAACCAAAUUUCUUGGAGAUCAGGAUCAAGCAGUGUUCAGCCUGCAAACCAGAUAUAAACGUGGUUCAGAAUUUGCGGGCAUACUUGCUCUCCAGUUUCGCAAUGAAUGAUUCCAUGGCUUGUCAGCUAACGAGUAGACCAAUCAUCAUCGUUGAGUGUGAAUGGGUCGAAAUUGACUAUGAGGCAAACACAGAUUUUGAACGUAUCAAGGGGAAGAACAAAUUAAUUCCCCGUCUGUUGGGCGUGACCAAAGACAGCGUGAUCCGAUUGGACGAGAAGACCAAGGAAGUGCUGAAAAUAUGGCCUCUCACAUCCAUCUCUCGUUGGGCCGCCUCGUUACAUGCGUUCACUAUGGUAAACAAGCGUCAUGACUCUCUGAUGUUUUAUUCUUUGCCUCAUCGCAUUUUCUAUCUCUCUCCUCCUCCCUAUUGGGGUUGUCAGGAUUUCGGCGAAUACUCUCCAGACGAUUGUUACACUGCACAAACAUCUGAAGGAGAACAAAUUUCUCAAUUGAUUGCUGGUUACGUGGAUAUCAUCACUAAGAAACAAAAAGCGAAAGAUCAUGCCGGUUUCCAAGGUGACGAGGAAUCAGCGAUGUACGAAGAGAAUGUCCGUGCUGAGAGGGCCACGAUUGUGCAGCACCAAAGACUUCCUCCGCAACGAGUUCGAGGAAAAGACACCUUGGUGAACGGCGCCACAGAACCAUCACUUAUCCGGGACACAGACGAUUCGAUCCAAAUGUCCGCGGUGCAUCGGAUCAAUGGUUGGUCACAGCAACACAUAAUCGGAGAUGGCAUGUCCACUGUGGUUGACGGUCAGAGUAUAGUGACAAGUGUGCAGCCUCCACGUCAAAUGUCUCCUGACAAUUUCAUGAUUGGUGGAACUCACAUAUUCCACUAUCAGGAAAUGACACCUGCCCAGCGUGCACUCCUGGUCACCAUCAAUGAGGAUGUGGAAACAUUGCAAGCAGCGAAAGAGCAAUUACAAAUCGGUCCUGCCGGGGAACGGGUUCUGCUCGGGGUCGGUUCGGACGAGACUUCUAGACGGUGGUUGAGCGAGUCUCUUGGAGCAAGCCAGGCCAAAGUCACCGACGAGAUGGGUGCUAUGAAUGCUGCUGUGGCUCAAGCACUGCGAUCUGCGAAUCGAGCCGAGGCGUACGACGCUGGUCCACCGGCACAAACCACCCUAGGAAUCAGUUCCGAUCCCGGAGAUGAUCUCAUGAUGAUGCAACAAUCGUUCCGUGUAGUCACCAUUCAUUUCCCGGCGUUUGUGGAUGAUGUAAAGCGUGUGGCCGUGUUACGCCGUGAAGCCGGUGCAAUUCGUGCGGACCAGACAGGCGAACCGAUUGUUGCGGAACAGACAGAGGAAUCGACACAAAAUCUCCUCUCAGCCGCGCGUCACGUGGCGGAUGCAUUCACCGAUUUGUUGGAAUCUGCUCGGCCAUUAGCCACGGGUCGUACACGUGAAGAGAUUAUCGACGGUACGGAUGAAACCGCGACUGGUUCACAUGCGGUCAUCACCACGACAACAACAACCACUGGCGGUCCCGUAUCAAGCAGUUCACGUAAAGCGAUUAUCGAGGCGGCCAGUCGCGUCGGGGAGGCGAGCAAUGAUCUCUUGCGUCACGUGAUGAAUGAGGGUGUGGACGAGACGAUGGAGACUACAACACAUUUGCAACUGCUCACCGAGGAGGAGCGAUUGUAUCAGGCAAGUGGGGAUGUACAAUCUGUCGGUCGUCUAUUUGCGUGA